AUGGAGAAUCUAUGUGCAUACUUGGUUUCUCAUGCGGAAAUGGGUGAUGAUGAUUUCUUGAAUGAAAGCUCUUUUAACGAAGAAGAGUUCCUCAAAGAUAUUAUUGUUGAGCAACCAGUUUUCUCUCAUGAAAGUGAUAGCCCCUCUUCCAAUCCCUCUUCUUCCUCUGUUCAAAGCAACUAUAAAAUGGUCAAGAGUUGCAACAAUUUGAAACCUCACUCAUCAUCUCCAACUGGGUACAUUCUAUCUUUUGAUAACCCUGUUGAUUACUCUGCUUUCAUGUGCUCUAAAAGCAGGGCACCAAGCCAUUAUUGCACUGACCCGCCAACAAAGAAGACUAGAAACUCUUCUGGGACACAAGUACACAUUUUGGCUGAGAGGAAAAGGAGACAGGAAUUGACUAGAAGCAUCAUAGCACUUUCAACCAUCAUACCUAGCUUGAAGAAGACAGACAAGGCCAAUGUACUGCGUGAAGCUGUGAAUUAUGUGAAACAACUUCAAGAACGUGUAAAAGAGCUAGAAAAUCAAAGCAAAAAAGAAUGUGUGGAUUCAAUUAUACUCAUAAAAAAAACACAACUUUGCAUAAAUGAUGAAGCCACUCUCUCAUGUGAUGGUUGCAAUGGAUGUAUCGUAGAACUCCCUGAGGUGGAAGCAAUGGUUUUAGAGAGGGAAGUGCUCAUUGGAAUCCAUUGUGAGAAACAAAAGCAUAGUUUCCUCAAAAUAUUGUCUUUGCUUAGUAAUCUCCAUCUUUCCAUAACCAGUACCAGCAUAUUGCCAUUUGGAACUUCCACUGCUAAAAUCACCAUUGUUGCACAGAUGGAUGAUGGAUACAACAUGACAAUUGAUGAUCUAGUAAGAACACUGCGACAACACCUAUUGAGUUUGAAGUCACAGGACAUGCAAAAGUGA